AUGGGUUACGCAAAGAAGCUACUAUUUUUCAUGGUAGCACUUUGUUUUUGCGCCAAAAUAAAAAGAAAAAAAGUGCCCAUCAAAGGUCUUCCCAUUAACAUAUUCGAAAAGGAUAGGAAGCGAGACAAGAAAAAUGUCUACCUGUUUCUAUUUGGCACCACUCCAAAGAAGAGUAACAAUAAAAUCUUCUCAUCAGAAGAGAGGAGGAAGAAAAAAAAGAUGAACAGAAUAAAAUCACUCAAUUCAUUAUCGGAUGAAGACAAAUAUAACCUCAUCAAAGACAUAAAGAAAUACUGUGAGUGCACAAAAAAGUACAGGAGGCUCCCCACAAGGGAAGUGACCAUCGGUAACAUCAAAAUCGGAGGCAACAACAAAAUAGCUAUUCAAACCAUGACUACCUGCGACACAAAAAAUGUGGAUGAAUGCGUUAAUCAAAUUAAAAAAUGCAAAGAAUUGGGGGCAGAUUUAAUUAGAUUAACAGUCCAAGGGGUCCAGGAAGCAGAGGCGAGUUAUUAUAUUAAAGAAAAAUUACUAGCUCAAAAUAUUACCAUUCCGCUCGUUGCAGACAUACAUUUUAAUCCGAAAAUUUCUAUGAUAGCAGCGGAUGUAUUUGAUAAAAUCCGUGUGAACCCAGGGAAUUACGUAGAUGGAAGGAAGAAAUGGGUCGACAAAGUAUACAAAACGAGGGAAGAGUUUGAUGAAGGAAAAUUAUUUAUCCAGGAAAAAUUCGUUCCAUUGAUUGAAAAAUGUAAGAGGUUAAAUAGAGCCAUACGGAUAGGCACAAAUCAUGGUUCUCUAUCUUCUAGGGUGCUGUCCUACUACGGGGAUACCCCCUUAGGCAUGGUCGAAUCGGCGUUCGAAUUUUCAGAUUUGUGUAUACAGAACAACUUUUUCAAUGUGGUUUUCUCCAUGAAGGCUUCCAACGCGUAUAUUAUGAUACAGUCAUACAGGCUACUCGUGGCUAGACAAUAUAAGAGGAUGACCGAUGGUUUGCUAUUCCCCCUACACCUCGGCGUUACGGAAGCAGGGUUUGGGGAUAACGGAAGAAUAAAAUCCUAUUUGGGUAUAGGUUCACUACUGUACGACGGAAUAGGAGAUACCAUCAGGAUGUCAUUAACUGAAGACCCCUGGAAUGAAUUAGCUCCAUGCAAAACGUUGAUUAAAAAUUUUAAAAAAAGAGUCUUUUAUGAUGAUGAUAACCGGGGGGGAGAAAAAGACGGUCGGGUUUCUCCUUCCCCAGGGGAUACGUCCUCCACAUUGCUCAACUUCGAGGAGCACUUUCGAGAUUAUAACAAAUUGAAAAAAAGGAAAGUAGAAAAGAGGGAAGGCGUGAUGCAUGAAGAGUACACCAUCGGGAACGUAGUCACUGAGAAGGAGCUCGAGGACUCACUGCAAAUUUUCAAAGACCUGAAUUUAGAAGUCGAUCAAAAUGGAAACCUCAAAAAGGGCGUCAAAUCUACGGAUAUUGUUAUUAUCCCCCAAUUGAGGGAACUAAGCAGCAAGUCAUGGACAACCGUGGCCAAAUUGGCAGAGGCAGACAUGCACCUGCUGGCAGAGUACGAUGAGGGGGAUGUGGCGAUGCUAAGCGGGAGCACGAGUGGAAGUGAAUACACUCACGAAAUGGAUCGCGUUGCCCGGAACACCUUAUUUUAUAUCGACCUGAAACGCAUGAAGACCAUCCUGCAGAAACACGAGGGGCAAAUCCCACUACACAGCACCGCGAAGGGGUACGUACUAAUGGUGAACGGGAAGGAAGACACGAAGCUCAUUGAAGAUGUUUUUAACCAAAUCAAAGGGGAAAAAAACCCGCGUCCCCUAUUUUUCCUUCUCAAGUCAGACAAUAUACACGAACAUGUGCUAGUUACCAGGCGAUUCAACGAAAUUGUGAACUCCCUAAAUAUAGAUCUGCCUUAUGUGCACUAUGCGAAUAUCAACUCCACCAACUAUGAUGACAUGCUAGUCGAUUCAACACUUUACGUCGGCACUUGCCUAAUCGACCUAAUGGGAGAUGGACUGAUAAUAAAUGUCACGGAUGGGCAUAUAAAAGCGGAUGGAAACCCGAAAGAGGAAAUUCGCUCUCGGGUUGAACUAAACUCAUUUCUAACUUUGAAUAUCCUACAGGACACUCGUGCUCGUAUUUUCAAAACGGAUUAUAUUUCCUGCCCCUCUUGUGGUCGAACCCUUUUUAACAUACAAGAGACGACGCAAAAAAUUAUGAAGCUUACUGGUCAUUUGAAGGGAGUUAAAAUUGCCGUCAUGGGAUGCAUUGUCAAUGGCAUUGGUGAAAUGGCCGAUGCGCAUUUUGGUUAUGUUGGAAGUGCUCCCAAAAAAAUCGACUUGUAUUAUGGGAAAGAACUCGUCGAGAGAAACAUCCCUGAGGAGCAUGCCUGCGACAAGCUUGUAGAGCUCAUUAAGAAAUACAACAAGUGGCAGGACCCGUAG